GUUUCCCUGUGACGUCAUAGCUUGCGCCUGCUACAGUUUUGCUGUGUAAUGUGAACAGACUUAUCGGGGUUUUUUUGUCAAGCUACUUUAUUUCUUAUAUUUGGCUAGUACAGUUUUUACAGAAUGGAGUAUUUAAUCGGGAUUCAGGGGCCAGACUUUGUACUUGUCGCCGCCGAUAAUGUCGCAGCUAGCAGCAUCAUUCAAAUGAAACACGACUAUGACAAGAUGUUUAAACUGAGUGAGAAGAUUUUGCUGCUGUGUGUUGGAGAAGCGGGAGAUACAGUACAAUUUGCUGAGUACGUCCAGAAAAAUGUCCAGCUCUACAAAAUGAGGAAUGGUUACGAACUCAGUCCAGCAGCAGCAGCAAACUUUACACGAAAGAACCUUGCAGACUACCUUCGGAGCAGGACGCCAUAUCAUGUGAACCUUUUGCUGGCGGGCUACGAUGACACCGACGGCCCUGGACUCUUUUACAUGGACUAUCUGUCUUCCCUGGCCAAAGCCCCCUUUGCUGCCCAUGGCUACGGCGCGUUCCUCACCCUCUCCAUUAUGGACCGCUACUACAGACCAGAUCUGACCCGAGAUGAAGCAGUGGAUCUGUUGAAGAAGUGUGUGGAGGAACUGAACAGGCGUUUCAUCCUCAACCUUCCCUCCUUCACCGUCCGUUUGAUUGACAAGGAGGGCAUCCAUGACCUGGAGAAGCUCACCGUUGGCGCCAAGUGACCGCUUAACUACCAGCCCUCACGUCCUCGUUUUUGUUUUUUUUUUGUUUUUUUGUACCAGUGACCUCCUCGCCCUUUUUAUUCCAAUAAAAAGUGACACACUAUUCAAGUCGAG